CACCUACCUCACCGAUUCCGAAAGUAAAAACAAUGGUUGUUGAAUCUUCUAAGUACGCGAAAUCACAAGCAGAGGCGGCGGCCGCGGCGGCGGCAGCGGAAGCAGCUGCCACCGCCGCCGCAUUAGCAGUAGCAGCGACAACAACAAUACCAACAUCAACACCAAUAUCAACACCAACACCAGCAACAUCACCAUCGACAACAACACAAUCAACUAAAGAAGAGACGGCAAACUACGGUGAUUACGGAGAUAAUAUGGCUUCUAUCAGACGAACAGGUCGGUAUACUGACGACCCUCACGUAGGUUCGACGAGAGCUUUUACCUCUGCGACAUCAGACGAGGUCAAAAACGACGGUCAACGCUGUAUGAGAUCACAUUCCUUUGAAGGUUCAAAUGUAAUUAUCACCAGUGGUCAAGAUAACGAGGGAAUAAGAGAUAGCCCCGGAAGGUUGUCCCGUCAGGAUUCAACCUCAUCUACUUCAUCGUCUUCAGAAAGUGGAAGGUCACGACAGCCGAUCGUUGUGGAAGUACAGGUCCGGAAAGGUCAUCGAUCGUCCCAACAAGCAUCACAACCGACUGGAAGAUCUCCAUCGCCUGCACCCUUUGUUGUGAUAUCCCCGGGUGGAGCAACUAGGGUUGGAAGGACGCCUAUUACUACCACCAUAAGGACAGGAUUCGGUUUCCCUUCAGGUAGGAUGAGUCCAUCAGUACUUCACAGCGGUUUUAGUGGAUUAGGGGGUUUUAUCGAUAGCGGGGGUGGGGAUCGUAGUUGGGAUAGCGGGGGAGGGAGUUUUGUUAGUAGUCCUUCUCCUUCUUCAUGUUCCUCUCCCGUUCCUUCAUCUAUGCGAAGCGGUUACCGACCCUACCAGUCGCCAUCACCUUCCCCAAGCCCCAGCACGCCGGCACGUGUCAUACCGCUGCCUGUUCUACAUACCACAUCAACUGGAGUAUCUCCAGACAGCUACGAAUUCAAUGUAGCUCGUGCUACUUCCCCUCACAUUGCUGGCUACCACACUCCACCUCCUCCACCCUACACCCCGCCUUUAGAUACACCGACUACACCAAGUAGAACUUCUUCCACUUCCCCUAGCCAGCAGUUCUACAGCCCUGGCCCUAGCAGUAUCCAAGAUGGUAAAGCUUCAGGUUCCCAUUAUCUAAAAGAUGUAGAUUACGAUCUGGAUACUAGAUUCGAUCCGAAUAAUUUCGAAAAUAAACCAAGAUAUGAGGGAGGUAAGAGUAGGGAUGUUUUAGUAAUUGACAACAGAAUUACUCGUGAUAAAGACAAUCAGCAAGCGCAGCCUAAUACCUACGUACAACAAGUAUCGGGUUACAGCCCUAGCAUCAGCCAACAGCAGGCCGAAAACGCGAGCGUAAUAUGUCAUCACAGAGAAACGAAUAUAGAUGCAUCACAACCAGCAGCAACAGCAGCAGCAGCAACAGCAGCAGCUGUUUCAAGGUACCCCGGGAAGGAUAAUAUUACUCAAGCAUCAUCUACUGAUGCUGUAGUUUCUCCAAGUUCCCCAGCGGCAUCAACAGCCGUCGCAGCGCCUCCGGCGUCCAUUUCGAAUGAAGGUAGGCAAGAAGCUCAUUCACUAAAGGCUGUCCCCUGUGAAAAUCGGGACCAAGGGCCGAAGAAGUCAUAUCAUGAAACGCCAGAUGACCAGAGUAAAAGCAAGGGUGGACAAAGUCGCUCACCAGCCGAAAUUUCACCUUCUGAGACGAAUAGGGGCCUUUCCUUCGAGGAAGUAGAGAAAAUUAAAUCCAAAGUUGCUGAACUUGAAGAAUGUAUUCAGAAACUAAAAGACGACAACUCAAAGUUACAGAAUGAUCUUAAUGAGAAAUCAAUAAUUGAGAAACAAGUUGCUGAGUAUACGGAAAAACUACAAACCAUGGAGAAGAAAUGCACUGACUUAGAGGAAGAUAAAAAAGAAUUAGAAGAUCAAGUUCAGAUCGAGAAAAUGAAGGUGGCCAAAGGUCAGUUAGAAAGUAGAAGUCUUGCAGAACUGCGUAAGUUAUUAGAAGAGAGUGACCAGACCCGCAUGAGGCUAAACGAAGAGAACAACACCCUCCGUGAAGAGGUCAACGAAAUGAAGUUAGAAGUCGAUGAAAUGUACGAUCAAUUCAGAGAAUCAGAUGCUGAAGAUUUCCGCGAACUUCAAAAAGAACUUGAAAUCACCGCUAAGAACUGUCGCAUUUUACAAUUCAAACUCCGCAAGGCUGAAAGACGGAACGAUCAGAUCGAAACGGAACGUGAACAUUACGAAGAUAAAUUAAGAAACCUCCAGGAUGCUUUCGAGAACCAGGACGCCCGGCGACACAUCCAGGCGCUAGAAGAGGAACUGAAGAUGGCCAAAGAAGUGUCUGUCCGCUUGCACGAUGAGUUGGAUAUUGUGGAAGAGAAAAGAUCUCGUGUUGAAGAUGAUAACCGGAAGCUGCAAGACAUGCUGGAGCUAUCCGAUAAAAAGAACUUCCGGAUGGAAAUGGAAAUUGAUAAACUUCGUGACAAAGUAGCAGACCUGCAGAGCGCAAUGGCUAAAGUAGCAAACUGCACCCAAGAUACUUCCCCCAAUCGGAAGGUAAUGUUGGGUCAACUUCCAAAACAAAGUAGCCAAGAAACCGAACCACAGCAGUUGAUGCGAGAAUUGUACGAUACUCUAGAGAGAGAAAAUGACCUGAAAGAACAGAUGAAGUUUACCGAACUGGAGGCCAAAAACAUGCGCAAGAAGCUAUCUGAUCUUGAAGAAGAAAAUGAGAGUCUUACUGUACAGAUUAAAAAGCUGAUGUCGGCCAAAACUAUUUUCACCAAGAAAUCUGAUGAUGCUGGGUCGGCAGCUAAAGAAAUUGAAUUAAAUUUGAUGCUCGAAAUGAGUGAAAGAGAAAACGCUAUAGCUCGGCGUAAAGUGGCCGAAUUAGACCACAUGAAUGACAGCCUCCAGGAAGAGGUAAAAUAUCUGGAGAAACGUAUAGAGGAAAAAGAGCAAGAGAUGAGCACAAUCCCUGAACCAACCACACCGAAUGCUUAUUACGAAGACAAAAUCAAGGAAUUAACUGAACAAACCGAUGAGCUUAAAUGGAAGCUUAUCGAAAAAGACAGAGAGAUUGAAAGACUUUCGGCUUUAGUCCAAAAUAUAAAUACGAAACAGAACCGUUUGAAAAAGAGCCGGUCAUUGGACAGUGACAACCAAGUCGUAGAUCUCAACCGUCAGCUAACUCAUGUUCAGCAAGAAGCGAGUAUAUUAAGGGACAAACUUGUCAAAAUCGAAUCCGAAAACGAACGCUAUAUCAAAGAAAAUCGUAAGCUUCAAUUCCAAGUAUCUCAUAAAGUACCAGCUGUGACAGCAGACGAUGCUGCCUUAGAGAACGUAGAACUGAAGGCCUUAGUAAAGAAGCUGGAGACUGACAAUAAAGAACUAAAUAGCAAGCUGAGAUUGAUGUCUGAGGACAUGCGUAAAAUGAGUAAAGAGAGCUUUAAGCUACCCUUAGCAACCACCCUCGUUGGCACCAAGGGCGAUGAAGUGAUCAGCCCAGGUAGCAAGCAUUCUCUAACAAGUCCAGUCCUCGGAAGUCCGACUGCAACAAGAACAGACAGAAUAGGCGAUGCAGCUUCUGUAAGUGGUAGCCACGGUAUCAGCAUCAACAUUGGCGGUUGUAAUGUCGGGACGCCGACUGAAGGAAUAGACAGAGUUCCUGGCAUUCCUUCUACAAAUAGUAACCAAGAUAUAUUGGCCGCAUCACGUGAUGCCGACAAGGUGAAGCAGUUGGAGAAGGAGGCUGCAACGCACCGCCUAAAAAUGGCGGAACUGGAAGCUAAAAACGCGCGCAUGUCAAGAGAGCUAAAUCGCAUCAACAGCGAAAAGACGGCAGAGGCGGCGUUAGCCACUGAAAACAUGUCGGCCGAGGAUAGAAUACGCCAAGAGUUGAUGCAGGAGGUACACGAUUUAGAAGAUGAACUCGACGAACAAACGAAGAAACUACAAGAAGUACAAGAAAAGAACAUCGAACUUGAUUUGGAAGUCAAACAGCUUACAGAAGAGCUCUCUACGAUUAAGGAAGAAUCAACCAUCAAAGAAAAUGAAUUGUUUUCAGAACUUCAUGCUUUACAAGAGAAAUACAGCGUACUUUCAAACUUAUUGGAUAUCGUCAAAGAACGAGCUGAUGAGGCAGAGAUGGAACUGGAAAAGUUCCGUUGCUCAUCUUCAACACACUCAGCCCGCAGUGCUUCAAAUGUCAGCGCCCUCAGUGACGCAAGUCUUGGCAGUGACGACGUAUUUUUAGUGCCACGUUCACCAGGUAGCACUAAACCAGAAGAUGAAGUCGUUAUUGAUAAAGACUGGGAGAAACAGUUUCGCAAGCGUAUUGGUUGUUUAGAGGCACUUUUGGCUGAGGAACGUUCCAAACUGUUGGCAUCGGAGAAAAAACUAAAAUUAAUCUCCACAGAUAUCGUAUCAACGGGGCUCUCAGAUGAUGCCAAAUUACAUCUCAGAGAGAAAGAACUCUUGCAAGAAGAGUUGCUGGAAAGUCAGAAACAUAUGCGAAUCGCCAGCGACCAAAUAUCUGGUCUACGUGAGAGAAUGCAAAUACUGGAAGAAGAAAACUUACGUCUGAAAGAAGACUACAGGAAAUUAGAGAUUGAAAUGACGGCCAGUAAACCGAGUGAUAGUGAUCAUGGUUCGAAUAUACAACGAGACAACUAUGAAUCCAUAAAGAAACUUCAAGAAGAGAUUUCCACUUAUAAAUCAUUAAUAAAAUCUCUCGAAAAUGACUGCGCCAAAUUCAAACUACAAUCAGAAGAAUAUGAAUACAAGAUGAACAACCACAAAGAGAACAUGGAGAAGAUUUCAGUCGACUGUAAGAAAUACAAGGACCAAGCUGAAGAACUGGAAUAUAAAGUAGCAGAGUUAAACGAAAUUUGGCGAUCAAAAAGUGCUGCUUCUGAAAAAGAGAAAGAAUCCAUACAAAUUCGCCUGAAAAACAAGAUUCUGGAUUUGCGAUCAAAGGAAGACCUUUUGUUAAAACUUCAGAAAACGUUACAAGUGAAAACAGUCUCCCUAGCUGAAAAAGAAAGAAUAAUAAAAGCAAAAGAAGCUGCUAUUUCUACCCGUGAUGAAGUAAUCCGAGGUCUUGAAGAAAUUUCAAAACAACGUGAUAAUGACUUUCAGGCUCUUAUUGAGCAAGUCAGUACCCAGGAUGAAAAUGCAAAGAAACUACGGGAGUCUUUACGACAGAGAGAUGAGCGUUUACGAGAAAAAGAUGACAUGUUACUAAAACUUAACAACAAUAUAGGCUUAAAGCAAGAUGAAGUGAAGAAUUUAGACAAUGCUGUGAGAGAUUCUAUCACCAGACUUAGUCAAAAGGAAGAAGAGCUGAAAAAGUUAAAAACACAUAUUUCUGAAGUAGAAAAUAUGAAAACUAUGAGUGAGACAGACGAACAGAAAGAAAAUACAGCACUGAAAAAUAAGUUUACUGAAUUAUUAAUAUCUGUAAAGAGAUUAACGGAUGACAAAGAGAAGCUUUCUAGAGACUUAAGUAUUAUGAAAAACAAUUUGAAUGACAAGGAAAGCAAAUCGGUCGAAGAAAAGAACGUAUUGCAAAUGAAAAUACGUACUUUGAACGAAAGACUUACGAAUGUUACAAAGACUGCCAUGAUGAACGAAAAGGAUUCGAUGCGAAUUCUUCGGCAAGAUAACCAGAAUAUGAUAGAAGAGAAAAAUCGUCUGAAUUGCGAAAUCAGGAAUCUACGUCAAGAAAUGGAUGAAAAACAAAAACUACUGGAUUCCCAGGCUGAUAUUGCUCAGGCUCUGGAAUCAAAGCGGAAACAAGUUGAAGAAUUAGCAGCCAUUAACAAACGUCAACAAGAAUCGAUCGAUCGAUUGGAAUCACAAGCAACGUUGGCGUUUCAACUCCAGCAGGAGGAGAGAGUGAGAAAAGCCGAACAGUUGGCUAUGAAAGUUCGUUAUGAGACCAAGAUUGAAAAGUUACAUCGAGAUUACAAUCAAUUGCUGAUUAAUUCGGAACGUGUAGCUAAAGAACGGGAACUCCAGCAAGAGAUUAUACGAGGUGUACAGCGUGGUAUGUUUAAUCUUAAAGACAAGUAUACCCAAGAUAGAAGCCGUUGGCAAACUGACAAAGAAAAGUUUGAAAACCAAGCUACAGAGCUUGAAACCCAAAUGGUUACCAUGUCGAAAAGCAGUGAAGACGAAAUGAUGUCGAAGAAAGUCUGGGAGAAAGAACGUUCCGAACAGAAAAGGUUAUUGACGGAAGCUCAUAACUUGGCCAUGGACUUGCAAAAACAGUUGAAAUCUCGUGAUGAAGCUUAUUCCAAAGAAAGGAAACAACUUAUGAAUCGUCUGGAAAGCGAAAGAGAUACGUGGGAGAAGAAAAAAAUAGAACUUGAGAAGAAAUUAGCUGGGCUGGAAUCAAGCGGAAGACAAUUAGACGAGUUGAAAAUCAAAUAUCAGGAUUUGGAAGAUACAACUGUUAAAGACCAACAGAACUGGUUGAUAGAGAAAAAUGAAUUGGUGCGUCAGUUGACGGAACAGCGACAGAGAUUGCUAAAAGAUAGUCGCAAGAUCGAAGAUCUUUUAUACCAGUUAAAUCACAUCAAAUCUCUAUUGGAAACUGAUAACAAAACUCCAGAAGGUGAAAUCAAUGCAAACAUUGUUUCAAGAAGCAGCAAACAUUUUUCACAGGUAAUAUGAUAAUUCCGUUAUUUA